CCUCCGCCCCGAAACCGCCCCGCAUCCCCUUGCUCGCUCGCCGCAGCCGCUCGGAACGAUGGCUCCCACCAAGAAGGCGAAGAAGAGCACGGAGAACAUCAACAACAAGCUGCAGCUCGUGAUGAAGAGCGGCAAGUACACGCUCGGGUACAGGACCGUCCUCAAGACGCUGCGCAGCUCCAAGGGGAAGCUGAUUAUCCUCGCAAACAACUGCCCUCCACUUAGGAAGUCCGAGAUAGAGUACUACGCCAUGUUGGCAAAAAUUAGCGUGCACCAUUUCCAUGGAAACAAUGUUGAUCUUGGAACUGCCUGUGGAAAGUACUACCGGGUGGGCUGUCUCAGCAUCAUUGAUCCUGGUGACUCUGACAUCAUCAACACCACCACCACCACUGCCCAGUGAAGAAGAGAGAGCUCUCCACCUGUUCAGUUGAUCUAGGGUCCGGUUGUGCUCUCUAGGCCGACCUCUUGUUAUCUUUGCUCAUGUACUUUUUUGUGAUGCUGAAUUGGAGCUGUCCUACAGAUAAUACUUCAUAUGGUUGUUUUUCAAGAAGUUCA